GCGUGAUUUUAGAGAUAGAGAGACGUUAGAGCUAGAGAGAAGGAGAUGGGGGGCAUUAGCGUAAUUAUAGGUCUCCUAAUCACGGCACAGCUACUAGCCGCUACGGCCGCCAGAUCUCCCAAGGUCAUCAUCGUUGGCGCAGGUUUUUCCGGGAUAAGUGCAGCUAAGACGUUAUCGGAUGCGGGUAUAAAGGACAUACUGAUACUUGAGGCCACGGACCGCAUCGGCGGCCGCAUUCACAAGACGAAUGGUGGACUCUACGAGAGGUCAACAGCUGAUGAGUCGAUGAAACUAUCAGAGGAUGUGAAUGAAAAGGGGGAGAAGUUCUCUAAUGCUUUGCCGGCGUCCGGCCGCCAAGAUAUCUCAAUUCUUACGAAUGAAAAGGGGGAGAAGUUCUCUAAUGCUUUGCCGGCGUCCGGCCGCCAAGAUAUCUCAAUUCUUACGUACCAACGCCUACAAAAUCAUGUUCCCUCAACACCAUUGGACAUGGCCAUAGACUACUAUGCCUAUGAUUAUGAAUUUGCUGAACCACCAAGAUCGACAAAUUAUGUAGCCCGCCAAUUCCUUAAGACCAACAAGAAGGGCGACAUUGUCGAUCCUCGGCUAAAGUUGAACAAGGUGGUGAGAAAGAUCAGUCAUUCUAAAAGUGGUGCAACUGUAACCACAGAGGAUGGUUCAGUUUAUGAAGCAGAUUAUGUGAUGGUCUCUGUGAGCCUGGGUGUCCUUCAAACCAAGCUCAUUGAUUUUCAGCCCGACUUACCACAAUGGAAGAUAUUGGCAGUAUAUCAAUUUGAUAUGGCAGUGUACACCAAGAUAUUCCUCAAGUUCCCUUACAGAUUUUGGCCUGGAGGAAAUGGAACUGAGUUUUUUCUUUAUGCAAGUGAAAGGAGAGGAUAUUAUCCAAUUUGGCAGCACUUCGAAAAGCAAUACCCAGGAGCCAAUGUGCUACUAGUUACAGUCACAGAGGAGGAGUCACGAAGAAUCGAGCAACAAUCAGAUGCAGAGACAAAGGAAGAAGCCAUGGAGGUCCUCAGAUCCAUGUUUGGCAGCAAGAUACCUAAUGCGAUCGAUAUACUAGUCCCUCGUUGGUGGUCGGACAGGUUUUAUAAGGGCACAUUCUCGAAUUGGCCCCUCGGAGUAAAUAGAUAUGAAUAUGAUCAGAUAAGGGCACCUGUCGGAAGAGUGUAUUUUACCGGUGAACAUACGAGUGAGCAUUAUAACGGUUAUGUCCAUGGUGCAUACUUAGCAGGGAUUGAUUCUGCAAAUAUGAUGAUUGAUUGUAUCAAGAAGAAGAUGUGCAAGUUCAUGAUAAAGGCAAAGGAUGAGAACUAGACAGUGAAAUAGGCUUUGCAAAGCCUAUUAUUUACCAUUCUCUGUUUUUCUUGUAACUUCACU